UUCCACCGCGAUCGACGUUAUCACUGCCGCCGACGUCGUAUCACCGUUGUCGUUACAAACAAUAACUACCUAUUCAUUUUAACAUUUCGAAAUUAAAUACUUAAAUCACAGACAUUUAAACAUCUUUAUAUUGGGUAUGUCCACGAGUUAAAUAGGUACUCAAAGCAUAUAUACGAUAAUACAUUAAUCAUUAUUGUUAAUACGGCCAGUAUGUAUUAUCGAAACGAUUUAUGACAAUAGUGCCAGAGUUAUCCAAACGCGACCAAGACUGAGAAUACUUAUAUCAUAACAACUCUACAGUGUGCACUAGUAUUUUUAUGUACGACGAUCGCACUUUCGUUGUUGAUGUUGGACGUAGCUGAUUCUUCGACAAAUGGCAAGCAAGUUUGUUCUUCGUAAGUUGAUCGAUUGAAUGGAGGUGGAUGACUAUGUCCAUACUGCAAUGUUAACAAUGACAACACUCCACUACUGUUAAGACUACAAAGACGGCAACAAGAAUUUGAACAAUUCACUCUUUCCCCACAAUGUUUUUCAGGGUCAGACAUCAGAAAAUGGUACAUGUGUACCUGAUUGUACUCGUGAUACUUGGCAUGUUAGUAGUAUUGGGCGCAAUGAUUGCAUACCACGCAUUGUUGCGCGAACAGAAUUUUCAGAUUCAAGCGGCUGUAGCUAAAUUGGUAAAUGGCGAUAGUAAUCAUCAGCGUUUUGGUUCAUCUGCCUCACAGUACCACCAAAACUCUGUCGUGAUGUUAGAAGAACAAAAGCCUCUGGUAAUCUACAAUAGAGUACCCAAGACGGGAUCCACAAGUUUUGUCAAUGUGGCCUAUGAUCUGCAUUCCCAUAAUGCAUUUCGGGUCCUUCAUGUCAAUGUUACGGGCAAUUCACAUUUGCUUUCCAUCUACGAUCAGUUCCGGUUUAUUGACAAUACCACACGUUGGACACGGCCUGCAUUUUAUCAUGGCCAUUUUGCAUACAUUGAUUUUGAAAAAUAUGGGUACAAGAAACCAUAUUAUGUUCAAUUAUUACGCAAACCUUUGGACAGGUUGGUUUCAUACUAUUAUUUCUUACGGUAUGGUGAUGAUUAUAGACCACAUUUAGUGCGCAAGAAGCAUAUGGAUUCAUCGACAACAUUUGAUGAGUGCGUUGAGCGAGGAGGAUCUGAUUGUCAAGCAAAUCUUCUGUGGUUGCAAAUUCCUUUCUUAUGUGGUCAAUCAGCUGACUGCUGGAUUCCGGGAAGUGAAUGGGCAUUACAACAGGCCAAACGCAAUGUUCUUGAAAAAUAUACUUUAGUUGGAAUCACUGAACAAAUGGGAGAAUAUCUACAGAUGCUUGAACUUGUGAUUCCUGGUGGGAUGUUUCGUAAUGCAUCUGAACAUUUUAAACACAGCUCUAAGUCACAUCUAAGAAAGACUGCCAAAAAAUAUCCUGUCUCUCGGAAGACUAUACAAAAAUUUCAUGAAUCUACAAUUUGGCAAAUGGAAAAUGAACUAUAUGCAUUUGUUACUAGAGAGUUUGCUUUUGCAUAUGCUAAACAGUUUCCGAAUGUCUCGUCAGGACUUACUGGUACUAUGAAAAAACAUUUAAAAACUAGUGAUUUACCUCCACCUAGUUUUCGUUAUGAAAAAAUAUAUCCAAAACCACCACAACAGAAAAAGAAAAAAAACACUGCCCAUGUAUAAUGAAUUUAAUUAUUUUUUUAAUUUUUGAGCUUUUAUAAAUUUAAUGACCAUACACAGUAGUACCCUUAUUGAAAAUAAAGUACUACUUACUAUUUUUAAUAUAUUUAAAAUAUUAUGUGUAUA